AUGGUUCCACAGUCAGUGAUUCCGCAAGUCUCCGAUUCACGUGGCGUGUUAUCAGAAGGUUCCUCCCACGGGUUUUACGAUUGGCUAUUCGAAUGUCACGGUUUCUGGCACAAUGUCAUUCUCAUCAUUCCCUCCUUCCUAUUCGUCCUGUACCUGGCACUUCAAACCAAACACAGUCUCCACAAACUCUCCCUUGCUCGCUCAUACAUCAUCUUCUCGUACAACGCUUCGCUCUGGAUCGUUACUCUUCUCAAUCUCGCUUGGUGCUUUCUCCAGGCAUGGGAGUGCACAUCUAGAAGAGAGUUGGCGUGGAACUUGUUAUCCUUGUUUACUACUUCCGGAAUGCUAUUUUUAGAAGUGAGCUUGGUAGCCUUUUUACUUCAAGGAAAUAAUGCAGGUGGCCUAGAAGCAAUGAGACGGACUUUUGGUAUCUCAACGCUCGUUGUUGGCUUGGAUAUUCUGUUGAAGGCUGCAUAUCUAUUCAUAUUUGAGAUCCGAUUAUUCGUCGACAGUAAUGAGCAUGCGAAUCAAGUAAAGUGGAAUGUUUUGGCUGUCCACAAGCUAUUGCUCACUGCUGUUUAUGGCUUCAUAAUGUUUAUGUACCAUUCCGGAUGGAGAGAAGCGUUGCCUGCAAAAAUUGCCUUUUACAAGUAUGUUGCUGUCAUGCUUAUUUUUAAUGUGAUUGCGACAUUUGCUUGUGGCCUUAGUGGAAACCGUGUUGCAUUUGGUUUCUGGUUGUAUGGUGUCGCGGUUGUCUUUUACCAUGCAUUUUACCUUCCUUUUUUGUUUACAACAUUCCAAGCAGACUUUUUUCAGGAGGAAAAUUUUCAUUUGGAAAAUGUGUAUUAUUCCGAGAUGAAAGAUGCGGGUUUCUUCGACACAGAUUGGGAGUGA